UUUUUAUCCCCCAAAAUGAACUCUUCUUACUCCCGUGAACAUCUUGUGGACUCAAAGACUGCAGAUAACGAGCAUUUUGUGGCAGGAAUGGAAAGCUCAACGUCGGUUACAAACGAUGGAACAACACUUCUUGUUACGAAAGAAACUGGACCUGCAUCACUGAUAGAUUCAUCGACAUUUCGAGGUGAAAACAAAACUAAAAUACCUACAAGGGGCUUCAGCGAACGUCGUUUAGUCAAGAAAAACGGCGAGCUUAAAGUUCUGGCGAAAAAUGUUCCUGGUAAAACCCGUCGAUACUUGGCGGAUAUAUUUACGACUAUGAUUGAUCUGCGCUGGAAGUGGGUCAUACUCAUAUUUGCGUCAUCUUAUAUAAUUUCCUGGACAAUGUUUGGAUUCAUUUGGUGGCUUGUAGCGAUACUGAGAGGCUCUUCAGUUUGUGUUACCAAGGUCUGUUUAAUACAUUAGGAAUAGUGACAUAUGGGUAUAGCAGAACCCCCAGUUAAUAAACUUUCUUUUAAAAGUAUGAGGAAGAUCCCUGAAAACACCUAUUUCUCACCCCAGAGGCAAGGAAUGAUACAGCUCAUCUGAGGCUUGUCCAAGGAAAAUAUAAUUUGAAACUUCAACAUAAACCCCCUGACAUAUGAACUUUUUAAAACAGGCCUAUUCAAAUUCCUGUUAUAUUAAUUAGCUCUUUAUGUAUUAAAAUGGUAAAAUUGCCCUCGUAAAGAAGAAAUGUUUUGCAGAUUGUGAAUUUUAGUGAAUCCACAGGACGUUGAUAGGGUGUAGAGUGUUUUCACAUGACGUCACGGCGGCCAUAUUGGUGUUCCAAAACAAUGAAACGGCGGCCAUGUUGGUGUCCCAAACCAGUCCUCUGGGAGUUGAACUCUUUUCUUAUGCAAACGCUUUCUUUUGUUCCAAUAAAUUUACAUAUAUGCUGGCCACGUGAGUGAAAACACUCUAUUGAAUGACAAAAAUUUAACUCUUAGCCUUUAAAGUACCUGCCAAAGAAGCAAUUCUUUUUUAAAGUGUUCUUUACCUUCAAAGUCCUCUGUCUCAGUUUGAGAAAGGUCGCGUCUUUCUAACCAAGUUGUAUUAAAGACCGAGACUGGGGGUGGGUUGGUUGGGAGAGGGGGUGCUGAAAUUUUAAAUUGAUCAACACAUAACAAAAGGGUAGCAACUUAACUAGUGGGUCGGCACACAUAACAUGUAAACAGUGAGCCAGUGACUUAAAGUGAGAUGUUCACUCAUAAGACUAUGAAAAAAGAGGGACUGCUUACAGUCCAGAAGGGAACUUGGGAUACGUGGUAAGGGAAUGACUGUAUAACCUCUCUUUCAGGCUCACUUUUUUUCCCUUUUUUGCACAAUCUCCCACUAUCAGGAAACACCUAGAAACGGGUAUCCCACUUUUGUAUGGAGCUAUACACACCCUCUUCCAAGUAAUAACAGGCCCAUUUUUCAACCCCCUAAAAGCAUUUGGUUAAAGAAUUGAAAUUUUCACUGCAAGUCGUAGAGUACACAGACAAAGCUCUAUCCAGGCUAUAUCUAUCUAUCAUAGACACUUUUCGUUGUUGGCAGAUACAUUCAUUCUUGUUUUAGCCCCUCUGUGGCAGCCAGUUACCCCAACCCCUGGCUUGUCCCUAGUCGUCUUUUUUGUCUCUUUAUUGGAUAUUUAUGAGGAAAACACAUGGAAGGUAUGCGUGAGGGGAGAUAGGAAGGAAGGAAAAGGGGAGGUGACCCUCUCCCUUUUCCCUCUCUUCCUCCAGUUAUUCUCCUUGAUGAGAUUUGGUAAAAGUCUUCUGUGACCAUUCUGUGACCCCUUCAAGAAAGAUGAAAAAUCACUAAUUGAGAAUGAGUCAUCUUGAGUUCUCAAGAUGGCUAUUGGAGAGGUCCAAUAUUGUAUGUGACAAGGGAAGAGAUUCAGCUGGACAAAAGAAGAACUUGCCUGCGAAAUUCAUGUUAUUCCCUCUUGAUAAAUAUAUAGGAGAAAUUAGAUUUGGCCAUUUCUAAGGGACAAAAAUCCCAAGACCCUACAAAGUUAGUGAGACUAAGUGCAAAACAUUAUUUUUGAAAAUGAGAUUUAUUUGCAUGAAAAGGGAAGUUUGCAUCAAAGACUUACCCUUUUUUGAGAAACAGGACAGAGGCAACUCAGAAAUGGCCUACUAUUCUACUGUUUCCUGCCCAAAAGGGGGAAGGCAUGGUUGUUUUGUUGUUUUGUAUUGGAUGUGCCAAAUACCAGGAAAAAGAGGCCUCUGCUAGCAGAAAAGUACCGUAAAUCCUCUUUUAAGCCCCCCCUCGCCCCCGACCCUCCCCGCGCCCCCCCCCCCCCCCCCCACCCGCCCCUACCACACCACCAUCCCCCAACACCGCACAACCAUACUUCCGCAAAGAGUUUCCCUUUUUUGGAAAACGGGACAGAUGGCACUCAGAAAAGGGCUAUUUUUUUACUGUUUACUGGCAAAAAGGGGGAAGGGAGGGUUGUUUUGUUUUUUUGAAAUGGGUGUUGCAAAAACCAGGAAAAAGAGGCCCCCGCAAGCCAAAAAGUACCCUAAACCCCCUUUUAAGCCCCCCCCCCCGCCCCCCCCCCCUUCCCCCUCCCCCAAUCCUUAUUCUUCACAAAAAAAUUAACAAUUAACGUGGACUGAUCAGUUAUGGUUCAUUCAGGCUGGAAGUUCAUAUUGUUUUUGGUCUUCGGCUGCAUGACCUCCAACUUCAUAUGCUUAACUUCCUCAACUUUGCGCUCUAGUUCUCUGUGAAGAAAUACCGUAGAAUUAUAGUAUCAUAAAUUUCAAGGCUGUUUAUAUAAAACAUUUAAAUGUAAGAGAUAAAAAAUGUAAAUAUAAGAGGAGUUUUCCAGAGAUUUUCGUUUGUAAGUUGUGUAUGACAAGGCAAAACAAGUAACGAUUCUCAUAACAAUUACCAAAGAACAUGCGGCCGAAAGCACAUUUUUGAAGAAUAAGAAUUUUGUUUUUGUCACUUUAGGCUCCCACAAGUGAAUUAAAUACUUUUGACUGUGACUUUAAUUGUACAACACUUAAGUCUACUCUGUCUCAUACCAUGGUAUUUUUGCUACAGUUGAUGCGUUUCGCUAAAUCAAAUCAUUGGGUGCAGGUGGAAUUGACUGAUGCAUUAUCUUAAGGACAAGCUGAAAACAUUUAAAUUAAUAUUUCACAAGCAUCUGCAAUCCAAUGUUGCUUAUAACUUAUGAGUAUCCAAAGUUAACACUGACAACAGCUUUUCAGUCAUAUGCAAAAAGAGCAUUUGAACCAGACUAGUAUAUAAAAUUCAGCGAACCUUCACUGUGUAUAUCCAAGGUUCUAAUCUGCUUGUACCCUAGUCUUCUGCAACUGCUCUUGCAAAGUAGAGGACAAUAGUAGAGGACAGUUUAUAUCACUGGUUUAAACAUAGCUUUUUAACUUUCUUUUUUUUAACAGGUUGACAACUGGACAGCAGCAUUCUUGUUUUCUCUCGAAACCCAAGAGACCAUUGGAUAUGGUGAGAAGUCAAUAACAACAAAGUGUCCUGAGGCGAUUAUCAUUUUGCAGGUGCAGCAACUUGUGGGGUUGCUAACAGAUGCUUUUAUGCUUGGCUUGACAUUUGCAAAGUUAUCAAGACCACGAGAGCGCAUGAAAACAGUCAUUUUUUCAAAAUAUGCAGUAAUUGCUCCUAGGGAUGGAAAAAUGUGUCUUAUGUUCAGAGUUGGGGACAUAAGAAAGAGCCAGAUAGUUGAUCUGUAUAUGCGACUGCAGUUGUUCCGGCCAUGUACCACCAAGGAAGGUAAAGAAAUCAGUUUUCACCAGGAGGAUCUCAAAAUUUGUUAUGACUGGAAUGACCCAGACAAUGACUUCAGGAAUAGGCUAUUUUUGAUGCUUCCAGUGGUGAUUAUCCAUGUCAUUGAUGAGAAAAGCCCCUUCUAUGACUUAACACCAGAACGUUUACAAGAGAGAGAAUUUGAACUUGUUGCUAUGCUUGAUGGUGUGGUUGAGCACACGGGACUCAACACUCAACCAAGAACUUCCUAUUUGAACAGUGAAAUUUUGUGGGGUUAUGACUUUUUCAAUAUGCUAGAGAAAUCUUACUUCAGCACAGAUGGUUUCUAUAAUGUUGAUUUCUCCAGGCUGGAUGAAGUUCAUGUUGUGGAAAUGCCGAAUUGUUCUCCAAGGGAGUAUUAUAGGCAGCAACAGCAUGUGGAAAACUAG